UUCCCCCGACAAGAUGGCAGCGCGGUCGAGCUGGUGAGAGCGGAGCGGCGAGCGGAGGCGGCGGCGACUCCGUAAGAAAGCUCGGCUGGAUUCAGUGGUUCUCCGCUCGCGGAGUGUCCCCGGCUGGGGGAAUGCCGACGGGACGGGAUUCGCCGCCGCGGCUCUGAGCGCCCCGAAUCCUUCGCAGCCUUUGCAGCGCCGUGUCUCCCCAUCGUGGCCCCCCAACGCCCGGGGCCGCCGCUGGCGAUGACCGGAGAGAAGCUGCGCUCGCUGCGCAAGGAUCACAAGCCCAACAAGGAGGACGGGGACCUGCUGGGGCCCGGCGAGGAGGAAGCGGCGGCCGCGCCUGGCGGAGGCGCUUUCACAAGCGCCCGGGCGGGAAGCGGCAAAGGCAGCCGCGGCUCGACCCACCGCAUCUUCACCAACCAUCACCGGCUGCCGCUGAAAGGAGGGUCCGGCGGGAGCUCUUCCCUCGCCGCCUCCUCCCUCGACCCCAUCAAGGCUCCCAGCGCGCAGUUCCCCGUGCACGAGUGCGUCUUCAAGGGGGAUGUGAGGAGGUUGUCGGCGCUGAUCCGCACGCAGGGCAUCAUCGGCCUCAAGGAUAACCACGGGAAUACUCCUUUACAUCUUGCUGUAAUGCUGGGGAAUAAAGAAUGUGCUCAUUUGCUUUUGGCUCACAAUGCUCCCGUAAAAGUGAAAAAUGCUCAGGGAUGGAGUCCUCUUGCAGAAGCCAUCAGCUAUGGAGAUAGGCAAAUGAUUACAGCACUCCUAAGGAAACUGAAGCAACAGUCUAGGGAAAGUGUUGAAGAAAAGCGGCCUCGAUUAUUAAAAGCCCUGAAAGAGCUAGGUGACUUUUAUCUUGAACUUCACUGGGAUUUUCAAAGUUGGGUGCCUUUACUUUCCCGAAUCUUGCCUUCUGAUGCAUGUAAAAUAUACAAACAAGGUAUAAAUAUCAGGCUUGACACAACCCUCAUAGAUUUUACUGACAUGAAGUGCCAACGGGGGGACUUGAGCUUCAUUUUCAAUGGUGAUGCUGCACCCUCUGAAUCCUUUGUAGUUUUAGACAACGAACAAAAGGUUUACCAGCGAAUACAUCACGAGGAAUCAGAGAUGGAAACUGAGGAGGAAGUUGAUAUUUUGAUGAGCAGUGAUAUUUAUUCAGCAACAUUAUCAACCAAAUCAAUCACCUUCACACGUGCCCAAACAGGAUGGCUUUUCCGAGAAGAUAAAACAGAAAGAGUGGGAAACUUUUUGGCAGACUUCUACCUGGUUAACGGGCUUGUUUUAGAAUCAAGAAAAAGACGGGAACAUCUCAGUGAGGAGGAUAUCCUUCGGAAUAAAGCUAUCAUGGAAAGCUUGAGCAAAGGUGGAAAUUUGAUGGAACAAAACUUCGAGCCUGUCAGGAGACAAUCUCUUACCCCACCACCACCCAAUACAAUUUCAUGGGAGGAAUACAUAUCUGCAGAAAAUGGAAAAGCGCCUCAUUUGGGUAGAGAACUUGUCUGCAAAGAAAGCAAGAAAACUUUUAAAGCUACGAUAGCCAUGAGCCAAGAAUUUCCUCUAGGAAUUGAAUCGUUGUUGAAUGUUUUAGAAGUAAUUGCACCCUUCAAGCACUUUAACAAACUGCGGGAAUUUGUGCAGAUGAAACUUCCGCCAGGCUUUCCAGUAAAAUUAGAUAUUCCUGUGUUUCCAACAAUCACAGCCACUGUGACUUUUCAGGAGUUUCGCUAUGAUGAGUUUGAUGAAUCAAUUUUCACAAUUCCUGAUGACUACAAGGAGGAUCCCAGCCGCUUUCCUGAUCUCUAAACUUUUAACUGGACAGUUAGCAGCGAAUAAAGAAUACCAGCAUGCCUCAAGACAACAAGACAACCGAAGGAUGUGGAUAGCUUAAGACCGAUGUCUGAAAGUUGGGAAAAUUGAAAAGAUAAAACUUAUUUAAAUGAAUUCAGAAAGGGAACACAGAGUGAAUUUUAUCUAUUGUAAUAUAUAGCAAGCAUCCAUCUGGUGUCUCAAGGAUAGCGGGUCUCCUGAUGUAUCACAUUCAUUUAUACAUCUAGACUUGCAAGCAUGGUAAUCUGGCACCUCAGUCUCACACACAUACAUACACACCUCUCCACCCCACCCCACCCCAUGGUACAUUCAUAAAUCCUCUAAAGACGAUCGUUUGUUUAUAGAAUUUUUUUUCCUUGAUAAUAAAAAGCACUCUUGGACCAUUUGCAUAAACACUAAAAUGUCUUACCAGGGUAUUAACCCUUUUAAACUCCCGUCUGGAAUCAAGAUAACCUUCCUUCAAGGUUUGUUUUCAUAUGUUAUAAAUCCUGUUACAUUCAGCAAAUUGAACAUCGUCUGAGCAUUUAGAAGAAGGAAUUACUUUUCUGUAGAUAAAUGAGCCAAAAGCUAACCUUUUGUAUACAGUUGCUUUUAGUUAUUGCAAUACAUUUCAGUACUAGAACAUUCACUGCAGGGAAUAAGGUACCUCCUCUAGCACCUUAGUGCAACUCAUUGUGGUGCUAUCUGUAUUUUCCCCAAAUUGUUGAUUUCUCCACCGAAGAUUGUUUCCUAAUCUUUUCACGAAGAUCUUUUCAAGAUGGCUGGAAAUGUUCUUGCAGUAUUUGUUGGAGAUUCUUCCUUGUCAUUUAUUUGGUCUGUUCAAAUAUACUUAAGCAAUUCAAACAAGGGUACCAAAUUUGCAUAUAUGCUCUGCAGCAUUUGGGAACAAUGAAUUAUAGCAGUUAGAUGAUAACCGUCUCAAAGGUGAAGCUUUGUUUUCUCCCAAGGAAAAAAAAAUCUAGUAGAAUGAAUAGGGGCUGCAGUAAACUAAGAAAAAUGUUCAAAAAUGCCAUGGGGUGUUUCCAGUAUGAAUAGCUUCAAUAAGAGUAACUUUUGGCUUUUUUUUCUUCAAAUUGACUUCUUAAAGUUAGGAUUAUUAUAUGGUUCCAGCCACCAAAACAGGAAUAUAACCUAGUGUUUUUGCUCUACUGUCUCAAACUGUUGAUACCUACAUUCAUUUGUAUUGCGAGAUUUGGCUUCCGGUAAUGUGUAAGUGUACAGAAAUGUAAAUACUUUCAGAAGAAUAUUCUUUGUGUGGUCUAGUCUUUUUUUUUUUCCUUUUUUGGGAGGGGUCUGGAAAGUUUUUAAAUCAUUUUCAAACAUGUAGAAAACCACAUGUCGGGUAACACCCAGCGCUGGCAAUAUCUUAAAAUGUGAAAUGAGGCGUUCUGAGGCAUAGUCCCCAGUAAAACAGGGUCAUAAGCCACAGCAACCCUGUCAAGAAAAAAGGUACAGAAUUAAUUAAAGUUGUAACUUUGCACUAGGGCCACAUGCAGAGGAGCAACUCAAGAAAACAGCAGCAGCUUAUAAACCAGGGAAUAAACAUUGAGACUAAUUCCAGAAAUGCUGCAAACUUGUAAGCAGUUUAUACUAACCAGGAUUGGCAAUUGUGAGUGUGAAGACAGUUGGUUAGGGCUUUGCUGGUUUUGAAAUGCAUGUUAUUUCCAGUACUUGUUGCGAAAGAUUCAAUCUGCCCGCUAUAAAAUGCAAUUAAAAAUACCCUGUUAUUUCCUCUUUCAAUGGAUUCAAAGAGGAGACAUCACUAAAACUAAACGUGAUUGAUGCUAUAGGUUGCCUCCAGUUAGUGCCACCUGCCCACAAAAUAACUUCUGGCAGUGAAAUGUGAUUUUCACAUAGUCUGCAAUUUCUGUGCCCUCCAGUGUGACUCUGGAAGUUAGAAAUUCCCUACAAUUUAUUCAAGGAUGAGGAGAACGGAGUCCUGCUGCUUGAGCGGAAGUCUCCUCUUUUGUCAUUGGACUGUGUCCUUUGUAUUAUCUGUCCUGUGGGCAUCUCCUAAAAAGAAUUUGCUGUAUAGAGAAAUGUACAGUACUGGGUUUUUUUGCCAUAGGAAUGAUGGAAAGUACCGGUAUGAAUUUGAUUGGAUGGCUGUAUCUCCCUCCAAAUGGUAGGAACUUGAUAAUGGUCAUCUCCUAUAUCUGAAAUUAUCAGGUUAAUAAUGCCAAAGUUACCUUUCAUUAAGUUGUAUAUAUUAAAAGAAAAUGCUUAAGUAUCUCAGCCCAGCACAUGGAAUACAUAAAUAUUUCCACGUUGGUUAAAAACUGGGUUAGAUCCAAAUUUAAUCCCAUGGGAAAUACAAAGAUACUAAUUGGAAUCAACAAAGACUGAUUUCAGUAGGUUUAAUCUAACCAUAAUCUGGGAUCCGAUUUAAUGAUUUUUUUUUUGUCCAGUCUAAUAAGUUUAUUCUAGUAAGAUCUGAAUGGGGAAAAGAGCUUUACUUUGGUAGUUGCUGGUCAACCUCUGAGGACAGAAGAAAGACCUCAAAUUUUAACUUGUUUGCACUGAAGAAAAGAGAUAACAGCCUCUUAGUGGCUUCAGCAGAUUUUUCCAAUUGUGGUUUAUGUUGUAUCACAACCCUUUUUAAAGAUGGGUAGAUACAACAGUUUAUUUAGUUCCAGAAACGGAUUUUCAGGGAUGGGGAAAACCCGAUCAGUGUCCACUGCAAUUGAUCUGAUUGCAUCCAAGUGCUUAUGCAUGCAGCUCUCUUGCUUUCAUGGAGCUUCCGGUUCAAAAAUUUGGGGAAUUUGAUUUACACAUGUAAGGCACAUAUACACCGACUUUAAAAGAAAUGUGAAAAGUGUUCCUGUAAAGAGAGCUGUUUGCCUGCAAUGGUGUUCCAGAAUCUUACCAUUAAGAUUUUGACAUUAGGUUAAUAACAAACAUAUUAAUGAACAAGUAUAGAUUAGUGCUUGACCGUUAAGCACUUUGGAGGAUCUGUUUUGAUUUUUGGUUGUACCAUCUAAUGUUGUAUUUUAGAGAAUUAUUUCGUACCAAAUAUAUUGCAUUGGCUACAUCCACCACUCAAAAUGUCAAAUUUUUGAGGUCAAAACUAUUUCUGAAUAAUUCUGAAGAAUUAUGUAUAAUUGUAUUGCGGGGGAAAAGUUCACAUAAAAAUAUGCAAAAUUUAUUAUAAAUGUAACGCAACUGGCCAAGUUAAAUGAUUAUUCCAUUUGCAUAUUUUUAGGCCUUGAUUGAAAAGGAAUAUUACUUGGAAAACAGAUUAUAUUAGUAUCCUGAGUAGGAAUGUGCAAAAUUUGUUGAUCUGGGAAUGGACCAUUCCAGAAAAGUCCAGAAUGUUUUGUUCCAGGAAAAGCACUUAGGCAAUUCCCAUAAAUAAGUUCUCCAAACUAAACUGCAGUUUAAAUAUCAGAUCACCCUCCAAAAUACCUCAAGCUGUUUUUGGGUUGAACAAUUUAUUUUGGAAAACUGCCUAUCAUAUACUGAAACAAAACAUUGUAAAAUUUUUCCAGAGUAAUUAGUUCCUGUAUCAAUAAGGUCUGUACAUAUCUUGUAAUGAAUAAUUUGGACACGUGCAGUUUUGUGUUAAAUUUUCAUUUGAAGAAACAUCUGAAAUUUCCUUGAGGUUUGAUCUCUUAAAAAACUAGCAAAGUGUUCUGUCAGUCAUUAGCUGAGGAAAAGAUUGAAAAGAACUCAAAUGCUUCCUAAAUCAAGCUCAGUCUUAUUGGUCUUCCAAAUAAUUGCUUUAAUUUAUAACAAAAAAGAAUUAAGACUUUUUUCCAAGCAGUUGGUCUUUCAGUCAUUGCAAUUCAUGUACCUAGCAAAUAGUGCACCUGUGGAUAUAAUCCAAUGCUGGAAAGCCCAUCUUAAGCUGAAGCAUAAUAUAUUGAAAGUUACAUACUUGUUGACUUUAUUAAAGAUAAUUAUAUUUAAAUAAUACUAACAAACUUUCUAUAAUGCUGCAGUUUUUCCUUGACAGUUUAUAAUUGUAACAAAGGCAUUUUUUUGUUGUUACAUUUCAUGUUCUUUGUCUAAUCUAAACUCACCUUCACUAAAAGGAUUUUUGGUUGUACCAUUUAGAAUAAAGACCAAAAGAUGCUGUUUGCUUUUAAAACUGAAUAUAUGACAAUUAUAUUAUAACUUAACAUGGAUCCUUCCUCCUUAUUAGAGGAGGACUAAGAUGUACAAAAAGGCUGUUACAAUGUACCACUUUCACAAGGACAUUUUAUUGGUCAGUUUUUCAAUAAAAUCCUCAAUUUUCAGUG